AUGCCCUCUAUUGCAUAUGCAGUGCUACAUACUGCCUUGAGUAUCUGCAUCCCAUCUGCCAACCUGCUAGUCAUCAUUGUCAUCUGUCAGCUGAAGAAGAAGAGACCAAGCAGAAACUAUGUCUUCAUACUUAACCUAGCAGCUGCUGAUCUGCUGGUUGGUGUCAUGUGCAUUGGGGAUGCGUUGGAUGAUGCAACAGAUGCAUUAUUUGACACAAAUCUUCUUCUUUGUCUCUUGAGGAUCUGCAUGAGCAUUACUCCGUGCAUUGCCUCCAUCCUCACCUUGCUACUGGUUUCUCUGGACAGGUACUUGGCUGUGAGACUGCCCCUUCAUUACCCUACUCUGAUGAACAAGAAACCUAUAGUCUUCUCUCUCGUUGUCCUAUGGAGUGUUGCCUUCUUGGUGGGACAUAUGCCACUUAUUUCCUCACAACUCCAGCAGAGCAAUUAUACAGGGGGUCAAUGUGGGCUCCUGUCUGCCACUAAGAAUGACUACUUAUACAUCAUCUGUUUUGGCAUCUUUGUUCCUGCCUUGCUGAUGUUGGUCUGUUUGCAUAUAUCAGUGGGUAGGAUAGCAUAUCUACAGCACAAGCAGAUCCAGCGUGCCUGCUUGCGCACAGAUACCUUUAUGGCUCAUCUACGCCAUUUCAAAGCACUGAGGACUGUCCUUAUCAUGAUCAUCUGUUUCAUCCUUUUCUGGGGCCCUUAUUACAUGACUGCCAUUGUGAAAGCUAUCUGUAGCACCUGUCCUGUGCCCCCAUUGUUGAAGAACUUUUUGUUCCUUCUAGGAGAAGCCAAUUCUCUGGUCAAUCCUUUUGUCUAUUCACUGUAUAGCAAGGAUAUAAGAACUCAGUUUGCCAGGCUGAUGAAGUGUAAAAGGAAAGGACAGAUAAAACCCUACAAGUCUUUUGGUCAGGUAAUGGCCCAUUUCAACAUUGAAAAUCAUAGUGAUUUAACCUCUGGAAGAUGCACAAGACAAAAUUCAUCCUGGGAUCAAGCUUCUAGCUCAGCUCCCUUUAAGAAUUCUUCAGACUGCAGAGCAGUGUUCUCAAUUUCUUGA